AUGGCGCCCCGCAAACCAAAAGCAGAAGACGACGCCGCGUCCACAACAUCAACCGACCUCCCCGCCGUCCUAAAACCUAAGACUGAAAAAGCCAAAGUCGAGAAACCCAAGUCCGAAAAGCCGAAAGUCGCAAAGCCCAAGGCGCCGAAGAAGGAGAAGGUUGAGAACGAGGAGAAGGAGGCAAAGCCGAAGAAGAAGGCUGUCAAGAAGGAUAAAGAGGAGAAGGAUGAGGAUGGGGACUUUGACAUGGAUGCUGAUGCGGCUGUGAGUAAGCCGGCGAAGGCAAAGACAGAGGGGAAGGCGAAGGUCGAGAGCAAGGCUGUGGGUGGAGGUGGUGCUGUAGGAAAGGGGGAUGGCAAGGAGAAGGUUAAGCCUGUCAAUGGGGAGGAAGCUAUGGAGCUCAUUCGGGCGUACUUGAAGAGGGAGAAUCGGCCGUAUAGUGCGACGGAAAUUAGUGCGAAUCUGCAUGGGAAGAUCUCUGAGUGCUGGCUGAUUGUGAUACCGACGGUGUAUAUGAAGGUUACCAAGACAGUAGCCGACAAGCUGCUCAAGGACAUGGAGCAGAGCGGACAGAUCAAAGGCAAAGCUACCAAGAGCGGAACCGGUGGCCAAUGGGUCUUCUGGCCUAUCCAAGAUCCCGCCGACUCAGCCUCCCCCGAAGAGCUCGCCGCAAUGGAUACCGCCAUCGAGGCCCUCCGCGAACGCAUGCCCGCCAUCAAAGCCUCCCUCAAAAGCCUCAGAGCCAAGCUCGACGCCCUACGCACCGCACCUACAACCGUCGAUCUCGCUGCCGCUAUCGAGCGCAUGCAAGAAGAGAACGUCGCUAAGAAGGAGAGGUUGCUGGCAUUCCAGCAGGGUACCGUCAAGACUGUUACGACGGAGGAGGUGGAGAAUGUGGAGAAGGAUUUAAAAUACUGGGGUGGGAAGAGGACGGCUAGGAAGAGGGCUUUUGAGGCUGUGGAGGGGCAGUUGAGAGAGGGGAUGACAAAGGAGGAUAUCUGGGACAAGGCGGGGAUUGAGGAGGAUACUUAUUGA